AUGGCACAGGUGCUGCAGGUGCUGGGGCUGCUGCUGGGCCUGCUGGGCUGGUGCCUGCAGUCCAGCUGCACCAGCUCCCAGCUGUGGAGGGUGCGCAGCCAGGCCGACUCGGUCAGCAGCAGCCUGUGGCAGUUCGAGGGGCUGUGGAUGAGCUGCGCCGCCUCCAGCGUGGGCUCCGUCCAGUGCAACAGGUACAAGACCCUGCUGGGACUGCCAGCUCACAUUCAGGCCUGCAGAGCUCUGAUGAUCCUGUCCCUGCUGCUCGGUCUGGCCUCCAUCAUCAUCUCUGUCCUCGGACUCAAAUGUACCAAGAUCGGCAGAACGACGGACGAGGCCAAAGGCAAAAUCGCCCUGACUGGAGGAAGCCUGUUCAUCCUGUCAGGCCUGUGCACGCUGACAGCGGUGUCCUGGUACGCUGCCCGGGUGGUGAACGACUUCUAUGACCCGUACUACGGAGGAGUCAGGUUCGAGCUGGGCGCUGGGCUGUACAUGGGCUGGGCUGCAGCCUGUCUGGCUGUGCUGGGAGGCUCCAUGCUGUGCUGCUCCUGCAGGAGGGGCCCCGCCGGCCCCCCACCCGGGAAUUAUUCCUACAACUACUCGGCCAGCAGCCAGGGGCACAAGAUCUACAGGGCGGCUCCCGUGUCCGAGUCCGGCAGCUCCAAAGCCUACGUUUAAAACACACAAAUACCUUUUUGCUGUUUCAUUUUGGUUGUUUCCAGCUGUUACCGUGCUGAGGGCGGAGCCACCAGGGGCGGAUCUAGACAAACACUCACGGGGGGGCGAAAGGGUGGCAGGGAAAUUUUACAGGGUGGCAGAUACGUUUCCCACCAGAGACAACCACUUUAAUUUUUUUCUAUCAGAUUGCCCAAACUGGGGUGGCACGGCCUGUCCCACCCAGGCCACCCUGGUGGAUCCGCCCCUGGGCGCCCCCCUCAGGCCUCAGGGAAGAACGACAGAACACAACCACACUGUGAUCCUCUGUAUGGCUUUCUUAGCAAGAGCCGGAGGAAAAUCGUACAUUGUUUGUUUAUGAUACAGAGAGGCAUUUUGUUUUUUCUGAUUAUAGAGAGGAGAGGAGAUCUUCAUCGUGUGAUUUAAACCUAAUUAAUUGAUUUUUAUGUCGUGUUGCCUUGUUAUGUGACUGAAUCACACCACCCGACCAAAAAAGACCACACGGCUCAAAGUACUUGGACACCUGAACGCCACACCUGCGUGUGUAGGGGGUUUUCACACUGUGGACUUGAACCUGACCUUUUUCUUUCUUUUCUUUUCAAGAAAAAUGCGGAAUGUCUGUGAUUAAAAUUGUAAA